CCGUAGGAAAUCCAACAUGGCGGCGGCCAUACGUGUGUGUUGUGCCCUCCGUAUCACCGUUGGAGGUGCAGCUCCCCUCCGCGCAGUAGGGGGCGCCCUCCACGGAUCCCAGGUGCUCAGUGGAGUGUCCCCCGCACUUCCUCUUGUGCCUGUCGGGUGUUGGCAGCCAAGCAGACACGGCAGCUUUUUCAACAAGUUGACGGCCGAAGAGCUGUGGAAAGGCGUGCUGGCCGAGUCGGGGGCCGGCGCCAGGAAAGGUCGAGGGAAGAGAACCAAACGCAAGCUGAGGAGGGACCUGAACCGAGGCCAGAACAUCGGAGAAGGGCACGGAGGCUUCCUGUGGCCGGGGCUGAAUGCGCCAGUGUUAAAAGACGGCACCGUGCAGAGUGUGAGCCGCAGAGGCCAAGCCGAGCAGCAGGAAGUGCAAGCUGAACUGGUGCGUCAGCGUGACGAGUGGGAGAGGAAGAGGAGGAUGAAGGUGAAGCGGGAGCGAGGCUGGACAGGAAACUCUUGGGGGGGCACCAGCCUUGGGGCCCCCGAUCCGGGACCAAACGGAGAGACCUACGAAGACUUCGACUCUCGUGUCAUUGAGGUGAAGAGCGUGUUCAACAUGACAGCCAAGGAAGGCAGGAAGAGGUCCAUCAGCUGUCUGGUCGCCGUGGGCAACGGCCAAGGCGCCGCAGGUUUUGCCUUGGGGAAGGCGGCAGACAGAAACACAGCUCUCCGCAAGGCAAAGAAUCGAGCCAUCCACUACUUGUACUACAUAGAAAGAUACAACAACCACACCAUUUAUCACGACAUCGAAUCCAAGUUCAAGAGGACGACGCUUCGUAUGAAGAAACAGAAUGAAGGUUACGGCCUCCACUGUCACCGCGCCGUCAUCACUUUGUGCAAGCUGAUCGGCUUGAAGGACAUGUACUGUAAAGUGGGCGGAUCGGUCAACCUGCUCAACAUCACCAGGGCGCUUUUCUCCGGACUGGCCAAGCAGGAAACCCACCAGACGCUGGCGGACAAGAAGCAGCUGCACGUGGUGGAGUUCCGUCAGGAGCGCGGCCCGCUGCCCGUGGUGGUGGCGUCCCCCAAGGAAGGAGCCCGGGCCCGGCCGGAGCCCGAGGACGAGAUCCCCGACACGCGUCUGCACUGGGACGACGUGCGCGCCGCCCAGGGCCUCAAACGCUCCAUCUGGGCGGGCGUCAAGCGCACCGUCUGGUAGAACCGCAAUUAAUGUGUGAAAAGCUCAUUUUUGUAGGUUUUUAGUUUCUAAUUAUGUAAAUUAGUUGUAUCAUAUAAUAAUAAUCAUGAUUACAUGUCACAAGCCAACAUUCGUCCUUGUCUACGCUCAUCUUUCUUUCCAAAAUGUGCAUUAAAAAAAAAAAAUGCA